AUGAAGGCUGCCAUCGUAGAGCGCGACGCUCUCGGAGGCAUCUGCCUGAACUGGGGCUGCAUCCCUUCUAAGGCGCUUCUCAGAAACGCCGAAGUUACUAGCCUCAUCCAGCACUCGGAAGAGUACGGCAUCACAGUUCAAGGCGUGAAGGCGGACUUCUCCAGGGCCAUCGACCGUAGCCGCAGGGUCGUUGAUCGGCUCACGCGCGGGGUCGCAACCCUGCUCCGCAGGAACGGCGUCGAGCACAUAAGCGGCUCCGGAUCUCUCACGAACGCCAACACGGUCCUGGUAAAAGGCGCGGAAGGGGACCGGGCGGUGACGACGGACAAGGUCAUCAUCGCGACCGGCGCGCGCCAGCGGCACAUCCCACCGGCCUCUCCCAUAAGACGGCAGACCGUCAUCAUACAACGCAUCGUCAGUGGGCGCUCUUGA